AUCCGUAUCCUCGUCUGUAACUCACAGAGUCGCUUUUAUGUUAUAAAAAAUGAAAUAAUAUUAGAUACUUGUGUUAAUCGAAUUUGAAAAUUUGGAUAAAUCGGACUAUGGCGUUUGUAGCGCGAAAAACCUUUCCUUACGAAAAGCCUUCAACAUGGUUUCCAGGCCAUAUGCAUAAAACUCUAAAAAAAUUGCAAUUACUUUCAUCGAAAACAGAUAUACUAGUUGAAGUUCGGGAUGCUCGUAUCCCUUUGACCUCAAGGAAUUUUGCAGUAGAGUCGAUUUUGAGAAAGAAAAAUCGAAUUAUUGUUUACAACAAAUGUGAUUUAGCUAUUCCAUUCGAUAAAUCUGUUCCGAGUUUUCGUCAUGAAAUGACACGUCUCCAACAGUCUUUUCAAUAUAUGCAAGACUGGUUCCAGCAGUCUCGGAGAGACACAUUGAAAACGGUAGAUACUUCUGCCUAUGUAUCUUCAAUACCUCUCUAUGGAAAGAAAUUGUUAAAAAAGAUUCGGAGUAUGUCAGUUCAUGGACUUACCAACAAUGAACGCGUACACGUAUACUUCGUUGGAAUGCCAAACACAGGGAAAAGCAGCAUUUUAAAUUCUUUACGACAUGUAAGUUUGCGCCGUAGUAAAGCUGCAAUAACCGGAAAUCACCCAGGUGUUACGAAACACUUUAGCGAAGUUGUCAGGUUGCUAGAUGAUGCCGAGGUGUUCAUGCUUGAUACUCCAGGUAUCAUGACUCCGUCCAUCGCUUCACCAGAAGAUAUGCUGAAGCUGUCUUUAGUUGGAUGUGUCAAGGAAGGAUUAAUUGACUCUGUGACUUUGGUGGAUUAUUUGCUGUUUCGAAUCAAUCUAGUUGACCCUUCCAUUUAUUCAAAAUGGUCUCCGCCUACUAAUGAUGUGGACGAAUUUUUAGAAAAUGUAGCCCAAAGAACAGGCAAACUGUCUAAAGGGGGAGGGUACAAUGACAAUACCGUCUCUGCUUAUGUACUUCAAACUUAUCGGUCUGGAAAGCUUGGAAGGUUUUUGUUGGAUCCAAUCGACAAGCUUAGUAUGGAGCUACGACUACAACGUGAAUUAACUAAAAGCCAAAAAAAAUAAAAAAUAAUUUUUUUUUUGUUUUUACUGACAACGGCAUUGUAACUUGACUAAGUAACUAGUGAAGAAUACGUGUCAAGGGUCAUAUUCCAUCAAUGUGUAUUCUUACUUUUAAUUAACUAAGUGAUAACUGUACUAUCCAAUUUAUCAAUGCAGCACCAUGCGAGUAAACCAUAACUUGCGUUUUC